UUAAACCAAAUCCUCUAAAAGACUAAAACCCUAAAGCGCCAAGCUUUCACUCGCUUCCCUAAGCCUGAGAUUCUGGAAUCUCUCUAUAAUCACAAAAUGGAGCUCAAUUUCUCUUCCAAGGCUUUAACCAACAACAAGCUCCCUUGCUUCGCCGCUACACCCACCACCGGCACACUCUUAAACCCAUCAAAAUCGCUGUGCUUGGCUUCUCACCAUCAGCUUCCCAGAGUUUCAUUCUCUCUCUCGUCUACUGAUCCUCUCAAGCUAAUCACUUCAAGAAAGGUGAUAGCAAUGGCUGCGGGAAGUUCCAGAGACUUGGAGAUGUCGAACUUAACGGCGUUAUCUCCUCUGGAUGGACGUUACUGGGGUAAAGUUAAGGACUUGGCUUCUUCUAUGAGCGAGUUCGGCUUGAUCUACUUCCGUGUACUCGUCGAGAUCAAAUGGCUUCUUAAGCUUUCGAACGUUCCCGAAAUCACCGAAGUCCCCAGCUUUAGCAAAGAAGCUGAGGCUUACUUGCAAGGGAUCAUCGAUGGGUUCAGCGUGGACGACGCGUUGGAAGUCAAGAAGAUCGAGAAAGUAACCAACCACGAUGUCAAGGCUGUGGAGUACUUCUUGAAACAAAAGUGUGAAUCUCAUCCAGAGAUUGCUAAGGUUCUUGAGUUUUUCCAUUUCGCCUGCACCUCUGAGGACAUCAACAACCUCUCCCACGGUUUGAUGCUUCGAGAAGCGCUUAGCUCCGUUAUACUCCCGUCCAUGGAUGAGCUCAUCAACUCUAUCUCCCUCAUGGCUAAGGAAUUUGCAUACGUCCCCAUGCUUUCUAGAACUCAUGGCCAGCCUGCUUCACCUACAACGUUAGGGAAGGAAAUGGCGAUUUUCGCAGUGAGGUUAAGCGAAGAAAGGAGAUAUCUUGCAGAAACUAGGAUUAAAGGGAAGUUUGCUGGUGCUGUUGGGAACUACAACGCUCAUAUUUCAGCUUAUCCUAAUAUCGAUUGGCCUCAUGUUGCAGAGGAGUUUGUUACUUCUCUAGGAUUAACAUUUAACCCAUACGUGACUCAGAUUGAGCCUCAUGACUACAUGGCUAGACUAUUUAAUACAAUCAGCCAGUUCAACAACAUCUUGAUUGAUUUCGACAGAGAUAUAUGGAGCUACAUAUCUCUAGGCUACUUUAAGCAGAUAACUAAAGCUGGGGAGAUCGGAUCAUCGACAAUGCCACACAAAGUGAAUCCUAUUGACUUUGAGAACAGCGAAGGGAAUCUAGGGAAAGCAAACGCUGAGCUUAGUUUUCUCAGCAUGAAGCUUCCCAUUUCGCGAAUGCAGCGUGACUUAACUGAUUCAACUGUAUUGAGAAACAUGGGUGGAGCUUUAGGACACUCUCUUCUUGCUUACAAGAGCGCCAUACAGGGAAUCAAGAAGCUUCAGGUUAAUGAAGCUCGGUUAAAAGAAGAUUUGGAUCAAACUUGGGAAGUCCUCGCUGAACCGAUUCAAACUGUGAUGAGGAGAUACGGUGUUCCAGAGCCAUAUGAGAAGCUGAAGGAGCUAACAAGAGGAAGAGCUGUGAAUGAAGAAAGCAUAAGAGAGUUUAUCAAAGGUUUGGAUUUGCCUGGAGAAGCUAAAUCUCAGCUUUUGAAGUUAACUCCACACACUUACGUUGGUGCUGCUGCUGCGUUGGCUUUCGCCGUCGAUGAAGCUCUGCACUUGUGACAUUGAUGAUGGUGAUAAGAUUGAGCCGUUGUAUUAUUAUUUUCCAAAUGAAAUGAGAAUAACAAAAAAAAAGUCAACUUAUUUA